AUGCGUAGAAGCUGCCCUGCGGUCUCGGCCCCUCCAAAUCCAGGCCGCUCUCACAAGUUCCACAAAUCGGCCAUGGCGACUCCCUCCCGGGCCUCCGCAGCUUCGAUUCGCGCUCUUAGAAGCUGCUACCAACCUGGAUUCGCCGCCGCCGCUCCGGCACCCUGCCCCUGUGGCGCCGUGCCCCAGAGAUUUGCGGUCACGCAUCUUGCGAAUCUACUGCGAUCGUGUGGUAAUUCCGGGGAUCUCUCGGCGGGGCGGCGGAUCCACAAGCGCGUCUUGGAUCUCCAGCGGCAGCAUGGCCAGGAUGUCUUCCUCCUCAAUCUCGUCAUCGACAUGUAUGGCAAAUGCGGGGGAUUGGGGGAGGCCAGGGCGGUGUUUGAUGCGAUCGAGCAUCCCAAUGUCUUCUCAUUCAACAUUCUCAUCGCAUCCUACGCCUCGGCAGGGCUGCUCGAGGAGGCUUGGAAGAUCUUCCAUGCGAUGCCGGGCAGGAAUGUGGUGUCUUGGAACACGAUGGUGUCGGCAAAUGCCCAGGAAGGGGAUUUUUCCCGAGCGAAGAUCUUUCUGGCGAGGAUUCCACAGCACAGCCUGGUGGCCUGGAAUGCGAUGAUCGGAGGGUUUGCUCGAGAAGGGAGUUUUUUGGAGGCCAAGAGGCUGUUUGAUGCGGCCAAAGUGAGGGAUGUGGUGAUUUGGAACGCGCUGAUCCACGCGAAAGCCGCAGUGACCGGGGGGAUCGAGGAUGUGGAGUCUUUGUUCUCGAGGAUUCCGUGCUGGGACGUGAUAUCGUGGAACGAGAUGCUAGCAGCGUACACCAAGCAUGGAAGUCUGAAUCGAGCUAAAGCUUUUUUCGAUACGAGGAUGCUCCAAAGGGAUGUGUUCUCGUGGAACACAAUGGCUGCUGCGUUUGCUCGGAUGGAUCACCAGUCAGGGGCAGCAGGAAAGAAGUUUUUCGAGAGAAUGCCACAGCACAACACGGUCUCCUGGAACAGCAUUGCCCAGGGGCUCUCGGAGAACGGCCUAUUCGACGAUGCAAAAUCGCUUUUUGAGAGCAUGGGCGAUCGCGACUCGGUGUCAAUGAUCCAGAUGGCGGUGACUUACGCGCAAAACGGGCAUCCGGAACAAGCCCAGGAGCUUUUCUCACGGAUCUUCCCAAGAACAGUAGCGGUGUGGAACGCUCUUCUCUGGUCGUAUGCCCGGAACGGGCAUCUCUCCGAGACCUUGGCCACCUUUCACCGGAUUCCCAUGAUGAAUCGCAUCACUUGCACCGUGAUCAUCGAAGUUUACGGCCGGAGCAGCCGCCUGGAAGAGGCCGAGACGCUGUUCUUCGAGAAAGUCCUGGAGAAGGACAUGGUUUCGUGCAUCGCAAUGAUGGUGGCAUACUCCCACAAUGGUCGCCUGGACGGAGCACUGGCCGUGUUCGAGAGAAUCGAGCACUACCCGGACGUGAUGGUUUGGACUGCAAUGGUGGCGAGCUACGUCCACAAUGGAGAGCUCGAGAUGGCCACUAUGAUCUUCCGGAAGAUCGCUCUCCAGGGACUCCAGCCGGAUGGUAUCACCUUCGUCACCAUCCUCACAGGUUGCAGCCAUCUUGGGCUCGUGAGCCGGGGAAGAGAAUUCUUUCGAUCGAUCGAGUCGGCGUUUGGGAUGAAACCCGGCGUGGAGCACUACUGCUGCAUGGUGGACGUUCUCGGGCGAGCCAAGCAUCUGGAAGAGGCGGAGGAGCUCGUGAGAACGAUGCCGUUUCUUCCCGACGCGGUGGCCUGGAACACGCUUCUGGGAGCUUGCCGGAUCCACGGAGAUAUCAAGCGCGGCGAGCGAGUAGCCACGAUGGUCGCGGAGUUGGACGAGAGGAAUCAAAGACCUCACUUGCUGCUAUCGAAUCUCUACACCUCCAGCGGCGAUCUAGACGUAGAGCUCGAGUUACUAGCAGCUAUGGUGAGCUAA